AUGGAAAAACCACAAGGGCGAACGACGCCGCUGGCGCGAUGGGCGCAGACCGACGUGGCCGAAGUGUUGAACCAGUUCGCCACCGACGCCCGCCAGGGCCUUCACAGCACCCAGGACAUCCUCGUAAGGCGCCUGGUUCACGGAGACAACGAGCUCCAACAGGGCGAGAAGGAGCUGGUGGCGUGGAAGUUUUUGCAGGCGUUCAACGACCCGUUGAUUUUGCUUUUGAUCGGCCUGGCGGUGAUCUCGUUUUGGAUGGGCAACGUCGACGACGCCGUCUCCAUUUCGCUCGCCAUCACCAUCGUGGUCACGGUGGGUUUUGUUCAAGAGUACCGCCUGGAGAAGUCGCUUGAGGCGCUCAACCGCUUGGUGCCUGCCGAGGCCAAGUUGACACGUAACGGCAACACGCUGACGGUGUUGGCGUCCCACUUGGUGCCGGGCGAUUUGGUGCACUUUAGUCAGGGCGACCGGAUUCCAGCAGAUGUGCGUUUGACGGACGCUGUGCACUUGGCGAUUGACGAGAGCAACUUGACGGGCGAAACGAGCCCCGUGAAGAAGACGCUCCGUUCGAUUUCGCCGCUGGAUCAUACGGGUGAUGUCACAAAGGACGUCCCGGUGACGGAGCGUUCCUCGAUAGCGUUCAUGGGCACGUUGGUCAGAGACGGCCACGGGUCCGGAAUCGUCGUGGCCACGGGCUCCCGGACGGAGUUUGGCGCUGUGUUCGAGAUGAUGUCGGAGAUCGAGAAACCCAAGACCCCGUUGCAGCAGGCCAUGGACAGACUCGGCAAGGAUUUGUCUGUGUUCAGUUUUGCUGUGAUUGGCACCAUCUGCUUGCUCGGAAUCGUCCAGGGCCGCGAGUGGUUGGACAUGUUCCAGAUCUCCGUGUCGUUGGCCGUGGCGGCCAUUCCAGAGGGCUUGCCCAUCAUCGUCACGGUCACUUUGGCGCUUGGAGUGCUCAGAAUGGCCAAAAGAAAGGCCAUCGUGCGCCGCUUGCCCUCCGUCGAGACCUUGGGCUCCGUCAACGUCAUCUGCUCCGACAAAACGGGCACCUUGACCCAGAACCACAUGACCGUCACCAAAAUCUGGGCCUUUGACUUCCAGGGCUCCUUCAACAGCCCCUACUUGAUUGUGGAAAAAUUGGACGACAAGACCCUCCACGACAAGUUGACCCCCAACAUCAGGAAAGUCCUUGAGGUCGGCAACAUCUGCAACAAUGCCCGCUACUCCAACGAUAACGAGGCCUACGUGGGCAACCCCUCCGAUAUCGCCUUGCUUGAAGCUUUGCCCCACUUUGGCCUAGACGACCUCCGUGGCACCAAGGAGCGUGACAGCGAGCUUCCUUUUUCCUCUGAUAGAAAGUACAUGGCUGUAUCUGCCCAUGGCGGCGACACUUCUCGUUCUGAGACGUUUGUCAAGGGCGCCAACGAGGCCAUUCUCAAACACCUGGACAAGUACUUGGACGAGCAGGGCAACGUCAAGCCGUUGACCGACGCCUUGAAGGACAAAAUUCACGAAAGAGCCCUGGCCUUGUCUUCCGAGGGUCUUCGAGUCUUGGCCUUUGCCAGAAACAACUCCAAGUUGGACGUUGAAAAAGAGCACUCCAUCACCUCCGACAUGACCUUCUGCGGCUUGGUGGGCAUGAAAGACCCUCCAAGACCCAACGUGGCCAAGUCCAUCAGCCAGUUGAUGAAAGGAGGAGUUCACGUCAUCAUGAUUACCGGUGACUCUCCUAGUACUGCCACCAACAUCGCCAAGCAGAUCGGCAUCCCCAUCUCCGGCAAGGACUCUGUAUUGACCGGUGACCAGUUGGACAGAUUGUCCGAGGAGAGUUUGAGUAACGCCAUCCACAAUGUCUCUGUUUUCGCCAGAACCACCCCAGAGCAUAAGGUCACCAUUGUCAAGGCGUUGCAAAGACGCGGUGACGUUGUGGCCAUGACCGGUGACGGUGUCAACGACGCUCCAGCUUUGAAACUUGCCGACAUUGGUAUUGCCAUGGGUAGAAACGGUACCGAUGUCGCCAAGGAAGCCGCCGACAUGGUGCUUACGGACGACGACUUCUCCACCAUCUUGAAUGCCAUCGAAGAAGGAAAAGGCAUUUUCUACAACAUCCAAAACUUCAUCACCUUCCAGCUCUCCACCUCCAUUGCCGCCUUGACGCUUAUCGCCUUGGCCACCUUCUUUGGCUUGCCCAACCCGUUGAACGCCAUGCAGAUCUUGUGGAUCAAUAUCUUGAUGGACGGACCUCCAGCCCAGUCGUUGGGUGUGGAGCCCGUGGACCCUGAAAUCAUGAACAAGCCACCCAGAAAGAGAAACGAAAAAAUAUUGACCCAGCAGGUGAUCAAGCGGGUGUUACAAAGCGCUAUCAUGAUCAUCAUCGGUACCAUGUAUAUUUUCAUCAAGGAGAUGCAAGACGGGCAGGUCACUGCCAGAGACACCACCAUGACGUUUACGUGUUUCGUGUUGUACGACAUGUUCAAUGCGUUGGCGUGCCGCCACUACACGAGACUGGUCUUUGAGCUCGGUUUCACGAACAACAUGUUCAACCUUUCUGUUCUUGGUUCGCUUUUGGGCCAAAUGUGUGCCAUCUACGUUCCUUUCUUCCAAGCGGUGUUCCAAACCGAAGCUUUGACCUUCACGGACUUGGUCCACUUGGUCUUUCUCACCAGCACCGUUUUCAUUGGCGACGAGAUCAGAAAAUACUUGUUGAGAAGAAGAAAUCAGAUGAUCAACGGCUACACCUUUGCAGUCUAA